CUCUUGGAUAGUGCCAGUUUGGAAAUAUUAGACUCAUCAGAAGUUGACUGACAAGGGCAGAAUUGAAAAGAUCACACAUCAAAACAGUAUUUCAGGAAAUCUACUAUGGAGGAACACAAGAAAGAACAGCCAGAUUAUGAGUCAGAGAAAAUGGAAAUCUUAAGACUGGCCCAGUCAAAGAAGAACAUUAACAGUUUGAACAUGGACCUUGAGAGGGAUAUGCAGAGAACAGAUGAAGCAAAUCAGGAACUUCUUCAAAGAAUCCAUGAGAAAGAAGAUGAGAUUCAGAGGCUGGAAAAUGAGCUCACUCAGAGCAAAGAUGUGGCAGAAGAUGAGGAGUGGGAGAAGGAGAACUGUGCCACACUGGAAAGGGAAAGAGCACUGCAGGAGCUGGAGGAAGAAACAGCCAGACUGGAAAGGAAGAAUGAGACUCUGGUCCACAGUAUAGCAGAACUUCAAAGAAGGCUUACAAGGACAUCACCAAAGGUAACCAAAUGUGACCAAAGCAACCUGAAAAGGACCCCAGAAGAGUCAAAGAUUAAGUUACAGCAGCUGGAAACUUCCUGUGCAGACCAAGAGAAGAAGCUGACCAAGAUAAUGGAAGACUAUACAUUUGUGGCCCAGCUCUGUGAAGAUCAGGCCCUGUGCAUAAAGAAGUACCAGGAAACUUUGAGGAAAAUUGAAGAAGAACUAGAGACUCGGUUCCUUGAGAGAGAAGUAUCAAAAGUCUUGAAUGUAAACUCUGUGAAAGAUAAUAACAGUCCGAACAAUGAGAAUAAUUGGCUCUUGAAGAUGGCAGCAUUGUUCUGUAAAAGGAUUUUUCAAUAUCUCUUCUACACCACCUUGUUUUUCAUCAGAAUGCUGGGCUACUUGUUUUUCCACAUAUGUUUCAUUAACCCAGAUAUUCUUGUCAACAUACUGCCCAAAAUAUUGAACAGGGACAUCCUGUGGAAGUUAAGAUGUUUCCUCUUCCCAUCUCUGACACUGGAAACAGAGGACACACUACCACACUGACACCCCUGGAAACAUCCUUGAGCAAAAGCAGACAAGCAGUGCCUGAGACUGCAGGCUAGGAGAUGGUGGAGGCUGCAGAGAGAAGUCUUUAGCUUUCCCCUAGUGAUUUGCUUGCCUGAUUAACCUUCCUACCCCAUGUUGUCUUUCUAAGAUUGAUUUUGUCCAAUAAAGAGCUCUAUCAGUA